GGUUUGUUUAUGUUUAGUCGUUGGCCAAAGAGUUCUGCAUUUUCUUAGUUUUUCGCAACAAAAAUUGAGUUUCUCGUGUGCAAAUGAGGCUCAGAUGAUAAGAAAACGCAUCUGCCUGAUCGCCGGACUGCUCGUGAGUCUCUUCCUGUUGAUAUUCUCACUAAACUUCUACUUCUUGUCGAGGCUCAAUGAGCAAAUUGCGAAGAAGGACUUGGCAAAGCAGCAAAAGGUGCCCAAAAGUGGGGAUUUUGAGGCGAAAAUCGUGGAAAAUGCAGACAAUUUGGAGGACCAGUACCGCACGAGGAGCCCCAAGUACCUGGCCAUCCGCAAGGAGCUGCUGAAGAACCUGCGGCCGAGCAAUUAUGUGAAUAUUUCGAGUGUUUGGAAUGCAGCCAAAGAGUGGGUGGCGGAUAAUGAGAUCUACCCGGCCUAUGCGAAGGGCGUGGGCGCGGUGGUGCGUGCUCUGCAGCAGGAGGGAAUUGUCAGGGCCAAGAACAGCCCGAAAGGGACGCAACUGAAGCUGAUGCUGCGUCUGGCGGGUAGUCAGAUUGCCAUCUUCAAGCCCAAGUGGUACGAGAAGGAUGCGGUGUUCUCGGGGGCUGUGUACUCAGGGAAGGAUCGCCACACGGCGGAGAUUGUGGCGUUCUAUCUGGGAGCGAUUCUAAAUCUCCGGUGGACGCCGAUCGCCGUGGGCAGACGGAUAGACAUGAGAGAUGUGUACAGACGGGCGGACAAGGAGCUGAAGGAGACGAUGGAGGUGCGGAAUGGCAGUCAGUACUGCGUGUUCGGGAAGUGCUUCUACUGCAGAGACACCGAAGCCGUGUGUGGCGAGGAGGAGUCGAAUGAACUGGAGGGAACGCUGCUUCUGCUGGUGCCUGGUGGGAUUGGGAAACAGCGAUCACCGUGGCAGCGCACGUACAAGGACCACGUGAAGGCGCAGUGGGAGGAGGACGAGGAGUACUGCGACACCGUGAAGGAGAGAAUGUCCAUGACGCGCUUGCUGGACUUGAUUGAUGCCGCUGUGUUUGACUUCCUCAUCCAGAAUGGCGAUCGGCAUCACUACGAGACGCGGAACGAGAGAUUGCUGCUCAUGGACAAUGGGAAGGGCUUUGGGAAUCCUGGGACGGACUUUAUUGACAUCCUGGCGCCACUGUAUCAGUGCUGCCUGAUCCGGAAGUCAACGUGGCAUCGAUUGAAGAUGUUCUCGGGCGGCAGUCUCACGGAGACACUCGAGGAUCUCACCAAGUACGAUCUGUUGUAUCCAAUUCUCACUGAGGAGCACUUUGAGGCGGUGGAGAGGAGACUGUUGCUGGUCUACAGCACAGUUGAGGGUUGUCUGCAGAAGCACGGCGAGUCUAUUUUAAGAUAAUCUGUUCUUCCCCUUGCCAAACUCUAUUAGCAAUUGUUGACCUGAGCAAAUAAAAGUGAUUUGAAUUGA